UUCACAUCUAGUCUUUAAUUGCUUCUUGCUUAUGCUCACUCAAUUUUGUCAAUGAAAGUUUUGUAAAUCUGCAACAAGGCAAACUACCAUUUAAAAUGAAGUAAAGGAAAAGGUUUCGAGCCCCGGUCCGUGUGAUCUCUUUCUCCUUCUUUGAUCUCGAGGCUUGUCAAGGACCGGAAGAGUUGAAACAUCAAUCCUGUUCUGGCAUAAAUGGAAAAAGGAAAGGUAUGUCUACCAUUAGAGGAAGAAAGAAGAAGAAUUAGUGAUCUAAUUGAUGAUUUCUUGAAUGGUUUGAAGAAAAUACAGAAUGAAGAAGAAAAAUUCAUUGCUUCAAAAUUGGAUUUGAUUGAAAAGCUAAGAAUGGAACUGAGAUUCCUAAGAACAUUUAUCCUGUUUGGGAAUUCGACGAAUUUGGGUGACUUUUAUGAGAGGAUGUUAAUAAAUAUAAGCAAAUUGGAAGAACUUAUUUGGUCACUUUUCUAUGAAGAAGAAAAUAAAUUAAUCCUAGCGAAAUACAACAUGGAUAGACUUGCGCCUUACCUAAUCAAAGAAAUAGCAAGUAUUGUUUUGAGAUUGAAGAAUGUAGCCAUCAUCAUGACUGAGGAGAAUAUUUUUGAAUAUAGUAAGAGCAUCCUCAAGCACCUUCACGAUCUACCAAAGUAUUGUUAUGAUUUGCUUCAACCCCUCAUGAGUGAAUACAACAUUCUUCGGCAAGUAUGCACACAUCUCAGAGAUUUCUAUCAGUUGGAAUGCAACAAAACAACAAAAACAGAAUUUCUCUAUACUCGGUAUCAAGUGACAGUUGAUAGAGUAACACAAUUCUGUUUUGAUCUUUGGACUGGAAAGUACAAAAACUAUAGAUAUGAGUAUGCCUUCUCUAAAUGCUCUUCCAAGAUCACUUCUCUACUCAUCGACAUAAUCCCUCUUGAGCUGGAGGUUCUACACAUUUCUACUUCUAAACUCAUCAAAGAAUCAAAGUCAAAAGAACUAGAAGGAUUUGUUAAGCAAAUCCUAAAAGCAUCUCCAAGGAUUCUUCAAAAGCAUCUCAUUCAUCUCCAAGGACGCAUGGUAGCCGACAGUUACUCUGCAACUCAAAGCAUUAAUGUCAUGAUGGAGUUCCUAUUGAUCUUUCUCACUGAUAUACCAAAGCGCUUUAUCCAUCGUGGCAAAUUGAACGAUAUGUUGGCACAUGUCGGACUACUUACAAGGAAGAUAUCUAUUCUCAUGGAGGAGAGCUCUAAUAUGAAUGAAGCAGACUUUUCAGCUCCAUACUUUUUGCAAGAAAUCGAACGAAUGAAGGGAGAUAUCAAACAGAUUAUUUUGAAAGCGCCAGAGUCAUCCCAACUUCGCUUUCCUAUGGAUGAUGGUUUCCUCUUCAUGAAUCUUCUACUCCGACAUUUAAAUGAUUUACUCACUUCCAAUUCUUAUUCAGUUUCUCUGAUAAAAAAAGAAAUUGAGAUGGUGAAACAAAGCCUUGAAUUCCUAACAGCAUCUUUCAGGCAAACAUUGGAUGAGAGCACUAGUGGAGUUGUUAAAGAUUGUUGGAUGCGUGCUUUGAAUGUGGCGUAUGAGGCAGAACAUGUCAUUAAUUCCAUUCUUGUCAGAGAUAAACCUCUCUCGCAUCUCCUCUUCUCACUUCCGGAUGUCAUUGAUAAGAUCAAGUUCAUCGUGGCACAAGUCACCGGCUUACAGCUAGAGGCUAAGAAUGGCGAUGAUCCCCUUGACGCAAAGUCUUCCAACGAGCCAAUUGAGUUAACCUCAUCAUCAUUUGUUGAGGUAACAGUAGGUCAUGAGGAAGAUGAAGCCUGGAUCAUUGGCCAGCUCCUUGAUGAACAUGAAUCCAAGCUUGAUGUCAUUUCCAUUGUCGGAAUGCCAGGAGUCGGUAAAACUACUCUUGCCAAUAAAGUGUAUAACAAUACAUUAGUUGCUAGUCAUUUCAAGAUUCGUGCUAAGUGCACUGUUUCCCAAAACUUUAACAAGUCAAAGGUGUUGCGGGAGAUUCUUCAGCAAGUUACUGCCUCGGAGACAAACGGAAGUGAGGAUGACCUUGCUGAAAAGCUACGAGUAGCACUACUCGAUAAAAGGUACCUCAUCGUCUUGGAUGAUGUGUGGGAUAUUGCAACAGGGGAGAUGUUAAUAGCAUGUUUUCCAAAGGUUGAGAGAGGAAAUAGAGUUAUCUUAACUAGCCGAAGUGGUGAGGUAGGUUUGAAAGUUAAAUGCCGUAGUGAUCCUGUGGAACUCCGGGUUUUAACAGAUGAAAAAAGUUGGGAGUUAUUCGAAAAAAGGGUAUUUGGAGAUGAAGGAAGCUGCCCUGCUGAACUGUUGGAUAUUGGACACCAAAUAGUUGAGAAAUGUAAAGGGCUUCCUUUGGCUCUUGUUUUGAUUGCUGGAGUGAUUGUUAGAGGAAGGGAAGGAAAGGAAAAGGAAAAGGAAAAAGAUUUGUGGGUUAAGAUUCAAAAUAAUUUGGAUUCCUUUACUUCUUCCAACAUCAAUUCGCAGAUUAUGAAUGUUAUGCAAUCAAGUUAUGACCAUUUACCAUACCAGCUGAAGCCGUUGUUGCUUUACUUUGCAAGAUCGCAAAAGAGCAAACGAACUCCAGUCUCUACGUUGAUGCAGUUGUGGAUGGCUGAAGGAUUGGUGGAUCAUGAUAUCGGUUUGAAGAGUAGUUUAGAGGAAGUAACUCAUAGUUACUUGGAUGCUUUAAUUUCUAGUAGCCUGAUAAUGGUGGAUCAUAUCCCCUCCAAGAGUGUUUGGACGUCUGUAAUGAUCAGAGCUUGCUAUGUGCAUGAUGUUGUGCACGAUUUUUGUACAGUAAAAGCGGGAAAGGAAAAGUUUUUCAAGUUAAUCAAGUCAGGUGAUCCAUUUCAUGCUUCUGAUUUCUUACACCGUCGACUAACCAUUCAUACUGACGACAAAAAAUGUGUUCUGCUCAAUUCUGAUAAAUCUUCAGCUGGCAGUAAGCAUCUCAUAUCUUUGAAAGUGAGUGGUUAUGUUGAUGACUCCAGGUAUAUCUGUCACACAAGACACAUGAGACUUAUUAGAGUGUUGCAACUGGAUGACAUUCUUCUGCAACAUCAUUUAGUGGAAGAAAUAGGAUCCCUAUUUCAUUUGAGGUUCUUAAAAAUUUGGACUCGUGGUGUAAAAGCUAUCCCAUUGUCGUGGUUGAACCUCCAGAAUCUGGAAACUUUGCUGAUCAGUGAGGAAUUUUCCACCAUUGUUUUACUGCCAAGAUUAUUCAAACUGUCAAAGCUGAAACAUGUGAGCAUUGACGAGAGUUCUUUCUUUGAUGAAGAGGAAGAGGAAGAGGACACGGACAAUAUCCAAAGCAGAAUAUUGGAAGGUGAGAAUUCAAAGCUGAAAACUUUAUCCGAUGUUUAUAUCUCAUAUACCCAAGGCACGAAUGAUGCUCUAGAGAAGUUCCCAAAUCUUGAGCACCUUGAUUGCACCAUCAUGGUACCCGAGUGUCCUCCUACACGCGGCGAUUGGUUUCCCAAGUUAGAUGUCCUUAAUAAACUUCAAUCGCUCAUUGCAGUAUACAACAACGAAUGGGAUCAUUAUGGUAAUCCCAUUAUUGAAUAUCACUUCCCUACCAGCUUGAAAGAGUUGCGGUUGCAUUCUUUUCCCAUCACACCUGCUUUGUUGUCAGCAAUCGCGGCAUUGCCUAAGCUUGAAAUUCUGGCGAUUAUUUACUCUGGUUUCAUGGAGAAUAAGUGGGAUGCAAGUGAGGACAUGUAUCAAAGUCUCAAGACUUUGAGUUUGUCAUUUACCAACUUAUCAGAAUGGGAAGUUGAUAGGGAAACUUUUCCCAAGCUUGAGGAAUUAAGACUAGGACAUUGUGAGGAGCUUACGGAGAUCCCUUGUGCAUUUGGGGAUAUAGACACUUUAAAGUCCAUUCAUUUAACUUAUAUUAACCGUCAGCUUGCAGAUUCAGCCGAUGAGAUUAAGAAACAGAUAGUAGAUUUUGCAGGAGAGGACAGACUUCAUGUCCAUAUAUCAUCUAUGUAUCUUGCCUGAGCUGAUGAAGAAGCGUGAAGCAUGGCUUGUAGGACAGGGAGACAGUACACAAGGUGAGGUGAUUUGAACUUGGUUUAGAGAUUGUCGGGAAAUGUCAACAUCCUGCUUAUGGAAAGGCCACGAGUGUCUGGAGUGGCCCUUGCUUGGUGGAAUUAAUUAAGAAAUAAAGUUACGUUUUUACUAUCAGCUAUAUCUUUUGGCAUGAUAGACCAAACUCUUGUUUCUCAUUUGCUUUUUUAUUUUGUCUACAAUGUUAUAGUUUAAUUACAGGAUGUCCCUGAAUAUAAAAAAGUCACUUUUAUUACCA